AUGGUUGAUCAUAAUCUGAAUAGUGGCAGUCUUGUGGAAGGGGAGAUUAAGGCGAACUCGAGAAAAAAGCGCCGGCGAAGGCGCAGGCCUCGACUCACAGGACUCAGCAAACAGCGACAGACUGCGAACGCCCGCGAGAGAAAUCGCAUGCGGAGCAUAAGCGACGCACUGCUGCACUUGCGAUACCAUCUACCCCAAACGGUAGUCGCCAAAGACAAGAAACUUUCAAAGAUACAAACGUUGAGACUAGCAAUUCGCUACAUUUCCGAUUUAUUUGAGAUCCUCCAAUCGGACGAUGGCCAAGGUAUUAAUAUCAGCAAUGGUCAAUUAUGUGCGGAGUAUUUAGACGGUAACGACUUGUUAACUAGCUCGGAAAACUCCACCACAAGUAGUUCAUGUAUGUUUGCUCAAGAGCAGCAAGACUUUGCUAGCGACUCUAGCGCUGGCUCGCAGACAGAGGAAGAAGAAAACUGUCGGGAGCUAUUAAAGGAUUGCUUAGACUUUACAGAUAGCGCGUGGCUUAAAUAA